AUGCUCUUGGCCUACGUCCUCAUCUUCCUCCUCCAGCUUACCGCCUCGACCUGCUAUGCCACCAGCCGGAAUCAACACCUCCUCUUCGCUGGUCGCGCCGACGAUGCCGCCACCGCCCUUUUGCCGGUGGCGAUCCAUCAUCAUCACGACCACCGCCACACCGCCAAGGCAGAGGUUCUGUCCGAGUCCGACUACAACGACGACGUGCGGCAUUACCACCCUGCGAUGAUGGCGCGGUGGCGAGGAGCGGCACCGCCGCGGCCACCGUCGCCGCCCAGCGUGGAGUUGGCUGGCAUCGGAGGCUCGCCGCCGCCGCCGCCGCCGCCGCCCUCGUUGUCUGCCGUGGAGCCUAGCGGCGUCGAAGGCGUGCCACCGUCGCCGAUGCCGUCGUCGCCACACGGCGAGGGCGCGUCGUCGUCGUCGGAUGCCUCUGCGACGGAGCAGGAGGCGAGCGCGACGAGCGACGACGUGGACGUGGACGUGGACGCGGACUACGACGGGCCCAUGACGCACCCUCCCUCGCAUAACUAG